AUGGAAUCAACAGGAGUAAUAACAUCAUCAUCAUUUUCCUUUGAUCUUGUCCAACCACCAUCAACCCUAAUACCUAAUUUCAACAACAAUCAUGAUGAUGAUCAUCAAAAAAUGAUUUUCACUUGUAAUAACAAUCAUGAUCAAUUAUUUAUCCAAAACCCAUUUACAUCUUCAUUAACCCAUAAUAUACUUAGUGAUGAUAGUAAUGCAAAAUCUUCUUGUUUAGGUCUAAUAUCCUCCCCAUUACCUCAAAAUGAUCUUCCUAUUUUGGAUAACAUUGAUUGGAUUAGCCUUUUCUCUUCUUCUAAUGAUCAACAUACAAGUCUCGAGCCGAGCUCGAUAUCAGUUGGAUCAUCAACUUCACCUGCUCCAACUAACAACAACAAUAACAACAAUAGUUACUGUCAACCAGCUAGGGAAGACGAAGAUCACAUUAAUAAGAAUAAUGCAGCGGGUUUUAAUAAAGGAAUAAAAUCAUCAUCAGUAUUAGCAUGUUCUUCUAAUUCAAUGAAGAAAAAAGUGAUGCCUCCAAGGUUUGCUUUCCAUACUAAAAGUUCAGAAGAUGUUCUUGAUGAUGGAUAUAAAUGGAGAAAGUAUGGUCAAAAAUCUGUCAAAAAUAGCACCCAUCCUAGCUAA